AUGCGGUCGCUCAACUGCGAAUUGCUGGCCACGCAGCAGUCACAGGACGGAGGCAUCGACCACCAGGGCUCGUGGACGCUGCCGGACCUGGAGGUGGAGGUCGUGACGCAGUGCAAGAACGAGAGCAAGCCGGUGGGCGUCCACUACGUGCGCGAGUUUCACGGCGUGCUGAGCUUCUUCCCGCCCACCACUGUGGGGCUUUUCGCCUCGGCGUCGGGCUACAGCAUCUACGCGCAGCGGUUCUUCCUGCGCAUGACCCACCCAGCCAUCCUGUGCACUGUGGACACAGACUCGGGCCGCAUGACGUCCUUCCUGCUCAACGACCGCGCGCAAACGCUGCUGCCUAAGCUCACCGUCGGCUCGCUCUUCGUAAACCAGGAGCACGCGCUCGUGCUCACCUAUGGCGACCGGGUGCUUGGCUGA